CUAAGUAAUGGGUUUUAAAAUAUAAAUAGUCUAGAUAAAUCGACUUUCGCAAAAGCAUCAAAAUCAUUAAAAAUGGAAAUUAAAAAAGAUUAGAGAACUCCAAAGCUGCCCGACGUCAAAAUAAUCUGCAUCGUCAGUUCACAAAUAUUCAUAUUGUCGGGACUUACUUUGUGUCUCUAUAAAUUGCCAUAUCAUUCCCUUCUUUCCAAACCUAAAAGCAUUGAAAAUCGAGCUCUCUUUUCCCUCACCUUUUUAUCUCAAAAGUUUUGUCACCCAAAAGCAAUACUGCUGUUCAGGCUAAACAAAAUCCAGGAAAACUAAAAAUUUAGGUGGUGUAAAGAUGUUGUCAACCAAGGCUAGCUGCAAUUCUCAUGGACAAGAUUCUUCCUACUUCCUGGGGUUGCAAGUUUAUGAGAAAAAUCCUUUUGAUGAAACUGUCAAUCCAACAGGAAUCGUUCAGAUGGGGCUUGCCGAGAAUCAGCUUUCUUUCGACCUGGUCGAAUCAUGGCUAAGAAAAAACCCAGACUCCAUGGGACUGAAGAAGGAUGGAGAAUCUGUAUUCAGGGAACUGGCUCUCUUCCAGGACUAUCACGGAUUGGCUUCUUUCAAAAAUGAACUGGUCGAGUACAUGGCACAAAUUAGAGGAAACAAGGUUAAAUUUGAUCCGAACAACCUGGUGCUUGCUGCUGGUGCAACUUCAGCUAAUGAGACUUUAAUCUUUUGCCUGGCGGAUCCUGGUGAAGCGAUCCUUCUUCCCACACCAUACUACCCUGGGUUCGAUAGGGAUCUUAAAUGGAGGACUGGUGUAGAAAUUGUUCCAGUACAUUGCUUGAGCUCAAAUGGAUUCAGAAUUACCAUGUCUGCACUGGAAGAUGCCUACCAAAGAGCUCAAAAACUUAACCUCAAAGUAAAAGGGGUUUUGAUAACGAAUCCUUCGAAUCCACUCGGCACAACAAUGACUAGGGACGAGCUUAACCACCUCAUUACUUUUGCCAUGGCCAGAAACAUUCAUGUCAUAAGCGAUGAAGUUUUUUCAGGAACAGUCUUUGACUCUCCUGGUUUCAUAAGCAUUAUAGAAGCCGCAAUGGACAGAAACCUUGAAAAGAAAGAUGUAUGGAGCCGCAUUCACAUUAUUUACAGUCUUUCCAAGGACCUAGGUUUACCAGGAUUUCGUGUUGGAAUGAUUUAUUCCAGCAAUAAAACAGUUGUUAGUGCAGCAACUAAAAUGUCAAGUUUCGGACUCGUUUCAUCCCAAACUCAGUACCUACUUUCCAACAUGCUAGCAAACAAGAAAUUCACCAGCAAAUACAUGAAGAAGAACCAAAAGAGACUCAAGAAGAGGAAGGAAAUGCUAGUUUCAGGCCUUAAAAAAUCAGGAAUCGGUUACCUCAAAGGCAAUGCAGGCUUGUUUUGCUGGGUUGACAUGAGACAUCUCUUAUCUUCCAAUACAUUCGAAGCAGAAACAGAGCUGUGGAAGAAAAUUCUAUUCGAGGUUGGGUUGAACAUCUCUCCUGGUGCAUCUUGCCAUUGCACUGAACCAGGGUGGUUCAGAGUUUGCUUCGCUAACAUGUCCCAAGCAACGCUUCGAAUUGCAGUGCGACGAAUCAAGGAUUUCGUCGAUCGUUCGAGCUGUGGUGGCGGGAUUGGUAAGAUCAGUUACCAGCAAAACAUGUCUAGUUUAAGUAGGAACUUGCAUGGCAGCAUGGUUCGCAAAUUAACGUCAUCUGAUCGUGAUGAACAAGAGCACGCGGAUGGAACACAAAGCAACAUCCCUUUUGGUGGAUUUACAAAAAAAGUUGAGACUUGUAAAAGAGUUUAG